AUGGAGGGGCAAAGAAAGCCAGGGAAGGCCCACCUUGCUCAGUGGGACAGUCUUACGACUCACAGUUUCCUUUUCGGAGCACUGGCUGAAUUGCUGGACAAUGCAAGAGAUGCAGGGGCUGCAAGACUUGAUGUGUUUUCAGUGGAUAAUGAAACCCUGCAGGGUGGAUUCAUGUUGUGUUUCCUGGAUGAUGGAUGUGGCAUGAGCCCUGAGGAAGCUUCAGACAUCAUUUACUUUGGAGCAUCCAAAAAACGUCUGUCUACCUUGAAGUUUAUUGGGCAAUAUGGCAAUGGUCUUAAAAGUGGGUCUAUGAGAAUUGGAAAAGACUUCAUUCUUUUUACGAAGAAGGAAGAAACAAUGACCUGUGUAUUUUUUUCUCAGACAUUCUGUGAGAGAGAAGGUCUUAAUGAGGUGGUAGUUCCAAUGCCUUCAUGGUUAACAAAAACCAAAGAAUCUGUCACUGAUGAUCUCCAGAAAUUCUCAACAGAAUUGUCUAUAAUUUAUAAAUACUCUCCAUUUAAAACUGAAGCUGAAUUGAUGCAACAAUUUGAUGUAAUCUAUGGAAAAUGUGGCACUUUGCUGGUUAUUUAUAACAUGAAGCUUCUGCUUGGUGGAGAACCAGAGUUGGAUGUUACAACUGACAAGGAAGAUAUACUGAUAACAGGGGCUCCUGAGGAUUUUCCAGAGAGAUGGUCAUUCAGAGCCUACACAUCUGUUCUGUAUUUUGACCCAUGGAUGAGAAUAUUCAUUCAAGCCAAAAGAGUUAAAACUAAACACCUAUGUUAUUGCCUCUACAGACCCAGAAAAUAUCUGUAUGUCACAUCUUCUUUCAAAGGAGUAUUUAGAAAUGAAGUUAAAAAGGCAGAAGAAGCAGUGAAAAUUGCUGAACUUGUGUUGAAAGAAGCACAGAUCGAAGAAAAGCAGUCUGACGAGACCUCUUUAUCUUUUGCCAAGGAUGUAUUACAGAGAGCUUUGGAUGAUGUAGAAGCAAAGCAUAAGCACCUUAAAGAGAAGCGGAGAGAAUUAAAGAAAGCAAGAACACUCUCUGUGUUCUUUGGGGUGAACAUAGAAAACCGAAGCCAAGCUGGAAUGUUCAUUUACAGUAACAACCGUUUGAUCAAAAUGCAUGAGAAAGUGGGCCCACAGCUGAAACUGAAGUCCUUACUUGGUGCAGGUGUGGUUGGAGUUAUUAAUGUACCUUUGGAGGUCAUGGAACCAUCCCAUAAUAAACAGGAGUUUCUCAAUGUCCAAGAAUAUAAUCAUCUACUAAAAGUCAUGGGACAGUAUUUGGUCCAGUACUGUAAGGACACCGGGAUCAGUAAUAGAAAUUUGACUUCAUUCUGGAAUGAAUUUGGAUACCAGAAUAACAAAGAUGUGGAUAGACCUUUAGAGUCUAUUCCGUAUCAAAGAAGACAAGCCAUGGCCAUCCCAUUCAUAAUACAGUGUGAUCUUUGUCUUAAAUGGAGAGUCUUACCUUCCUCUACAAAUUAUCAGGAAAAAGAAUUUCUUGACAUCUGGAUUUGUGCUAAUAAUCCUAACCUCUUGGAAAACAGUUGUCAUCACAUAGAAAAGCUACCCCCCAUACCCUUGGGCACCAUGAACACAGUAUCACCAUCAAAAAAUGAGAAAGAGAAGCAACUUAGAGAGUCAGUCCAAAGGUAUCGAAACAGACUGGCAGAAGAGCAGCCACAGCCUCAAUUUAUACCAAUGGAUAAAAUCACUGACUUCACAUCCAACAGCCUAACUUCAGCACCUAAGGGAAAUACCAAAAUUCCGAAUAUCAGGCUUUUGGAUGAUGACUGGCAGCAUGAAACUGUUGCAUCCUCUGAGCUCUCCAUCAGCCACAGAGGUGAAAAAAGAGCCACAGAAAAGACAGACUCUGGUAUAGAAUUUGUUUCUGAGACUAAAAUAAGGAAGAAGUCUGUGCAGAAGAAAAUGGAACUUCAACAGCAGCAGAGACAUCCAGCAGCUCUGCCAGAAAAUGUCAAACUAACUGAUAGAUCCCAGAAAAGUUAGAUCGCUAAUAUCAGCACAGUGUCUGGAGACCUCCACCAGUAUAAAGAAUUGGCCUCUUCCUGGGAAAUGGAAAGGAAGCAGGUUCUGAACCCUGCACAGAAAUGUAAAACAUUGAUUGAAGUUGAAACCAGCAACAGUGAUCCAGAUAUAAUCCUGAUUUCAGAUAAAAGUGACACUGAUGUUUCAUUGAAACAAGAGAAAAAGGAAAUUCCUCUUAUAAACAAAGAAAAACAGGAUCUGUGCAAUGAUGCUCCAGCAAUAACAAGAGACUCUUCAUUACCCCCUAACUGGAAAAGUGUUCUAAGUGUGCCAGAGGAAGAUGUAAAUCUAAGUUCUGGACACAAAGUUUCUGUGAGUGGACAUUGUGAAGUUGCUUCUCCGAUGACUUCUUUUCAAAGCACACCUGCUGAGGAAACAGUAAAGAAACUGAUGUGUAAUUUAAGAGAGAUUCUUCUGUAUUUUUUCCCUGAGUAUCAACUACCAUCAGAAUUUGACUACAUAUCUGCGGACAAAUUUGUAGCAAGCUCUGAGCCAGAGCAGUGCCUAGAGAAGACAAACAAAAAGCUGAAAAUGUGUUUCAACCAGAUUCAGAAUGUUUACAUGGUACAAUAUGAAAAAAAACUAAAGAAAAAAAUGCAGUCCAUUAUCUAUGAAGCAAAUAACACGGGAGUCCUUAAUGAGAUCUCUUUGGGACAAUGUGAAGAAAAAAGAAGAAUUACUGAGGAUAAGCUGAAGAAUCUUCGUGUAAAACUGGCAGUGUUGUUGCAGAAACUUCAGCUGGGUGGUCCAGAAGGUGACCUGGAGCAGAUUGACACUUAUUUAGAAGCUUUGCUUAAAGAAGAUAAUCUCCUUCUCCAGAAUGAUUUAAUUAAAGUGACUAUAGAUACAAAACAUUGUCUUCCUUUAGAGAGGAAAUGA